AUCAAACUCCACGCAGCUGCAAUUUGGUAGCGUAAUGCUACAUUGUUGUUGUAUUCCUGAAUUUAGCAACUCCCACUUGCCCGAUUUGCUGUUCCACCACAUACUACUUCUGACAACAAUUUCAAAAUUAUUUUAAAAUAACUUAUCAAUGUGAAGCAAAUUAUUCGGUGCAUCUUGAAAAUCGUGUAAAGUGUCUAAGAGAGAUUAUAUAUACUUUGAUGUACUACUGAAAAACUAUUAAGCUAGUCCAACAAAAAAAAAAAAAAUCUUUAUAUACUUAGUGCUACAAAAAAAAAAAAAAAAAUAAUAAUAAAAAAAAAAAAAAAAACAAACAUGAAGAAGAUAGAACGAAAAGUUAAACACAAAGCCUUAGUGAAUGAGGUUUUAGAUGAUUUGCUUGGUCUUCAAGAGCAAGAUCGUCAGAAAUUUAUGGCAGUGAUUAAAGAUUCCGAUACUGAGUGGACCCCAGCCCUCACGAAACUAGUUGACCAGAUCAUAGCUCACUAUGAGAAGUACUAUAGAGUCAUUACUAAGUUGAUCAAGGGUAAUGUACGAGUUCUACUCUUUGUGUCCCCUGAGUGGCCUUCCCACUUGGAGGACCCUUUUCUUUGGGUCGGCGGGUGGAGGCCUAGUAUGGCUUUCCACCUGCUCGACUUCAACCCCGAGUUAAAACUUGGGGUUGGACUCGGUAAGUUGCUUAGCGGGGUAAACAUAUCCGGGUUUAAGGAUAUCUCGCCGAGUCAGUUUAUUCGAGUCGGCGAGCUCCAGAGGUACACUAUGCGAGAGGAGGCCGAACUUACUCAUUCUCUCGCCGACACUGAUGCUCAGGCGGGCGAAGAUAUUGAGUCUGAUUUAGUGAUGGCGGAGAAAAAUAGCGCCACCGCCCCCACCGCCAAUAAUGAUCAUCAUGAGUUAGGGGAAAUCUUCAGCAAGGCGGAUGAUCUACGGCUGGAAACACUAAAACAGUUUGUAAAAAUCUUAAGUCCAAUCCAAGCCGUCCAAUUAUUUAUUCCUGCCGCUCAGCUUCACCUCAAGGUUGAAGCGUGGGGUAAGAACAAAUGGGACGCUCAUACAAGAAAACUUCACGCCCACGAUUCCAAUAAGAGUAAUGGCGAUACCGAACCCUCCGAUAAUAUUUUCGGAGGGUUCUUCAAGAUAUGGCUCCGCCAGAAGGAGGCGGACCUUCUUGAGCUCCAGUCCGCCGCGGUGGCGUACACGGAGACAACUCGGUCUAUACACGAGACGAAUCAAAACCUCCGCCGACUAGUUCGGCGGGUGUUGAGUAACUACGAGCAUUACUACCGAGUCAAGUCCGAGUCCGUAAAACAGAACGUACUCCACAUGAUGACCCCUUCAUGGAGGUCUCUCCUUGAGCAUGCCUUCCUAUGGAUCGGCGGGUGGAGACCGUCGACGGCAUUUCACCUAUUAUACACCAUCGUCGGAUUACAACUCGACGCCGGACUCACUAAGUUGCUAGAUGGGUUAAGGACCGGCGACUUGGCUGACCUCUCAGAGAGUCAACUCGCCCAAGUCAAUGAGUUGCAGAUGAAGACGGUUAAGGAUGAGAGGGAGUUGACUGAGGUGAUGGCUGCGGUACAAGAGACGGUGGCCGACUCGUCGAUAGUUCGGCUUUUGGGUGUGGUGGGGUCGAGUGAGUCGGAUGAUGAGCGAGUUGAGUCGACACUAGUGACGAAAGAGGAUAAGUUGAAGGAGAUAUUUGAGAAGGCGGAUGAUCUACGGAUGAAAACGCUUAGUAAUGUGGUGGGUAUAUUAAAUCCAAUCCAAGCCGUUCAUUUCUUGAUUGCUGCUGCUGGACUUCAACUUAGGCUUCAUGAAUGGGGUAAGAAGAAGGAUAAAGCUGGUGCACUGGUCAUUGCAAUGAAAACUUAGUUGGUCUUAUACACAUUAUAAUAGUAUUAGCCUAUUAGGAGGAGAAGUGUGUAUGUGUGUAUAGGGAUGGGUCGGGUUGUUGAUGAGUUAAUGUGGUUAUGUUAGAUUAAGGUAGGGUAACCCGGCUCAGACUCGUAUAUUUCUAACUUAAUAAAUAUUUAUGUUUAAAAAUGUCAAGUGGCUUUCUUUGUUUUUCUAUGGUGGUAUGUAUCAUAGUGUAAUUUUUUUUUAUUGUUUAUGAUGAUGUAUAUAUAUAUAUAUCAUGAUGUAUCAUAGAGUACUCCAAUGGACUCGUUAAAAAUGUUUAAAUUUUGGAAGGGGCUUGGGGAUUGUCGUUGAUUGGUUAAAUUUGUUGCUUUUAUUAGGGUAGACUAACUUAAAAUCGUAUGUAACUAACUAAAUAAAGUGUAUUGUUGUUCAAAGUGAGAAAUUAUCUUUGAUUCUUGGUUUUUUC